CGAGAGGAGGACAAGGACCCAGUCUACAAGUACUUUGAGAGUAUGAUGACGUGCGCCCGUGUCAGAGAGUUUAACAGUAAACCGCCGCCCACAGGUGCUGCCGCCACAGGUCCACCUCUUUAAGGACAAUAACCGUUCCAUCAUCCCCAGCAGCAGAAAGAAAAUUAUCGCUGCCAUCCUCUCACCUCCAAAUAAACCAGUAGUACGAGUGAAAAGUCCCUCCACCCAGGCCAAGAAGCCUAAAGUUCCUGAGCCCACUAGGCAGCUGGAGAUCCAGUCAGAGUGUAACUGGGACCAGCACCGGAAACUGGUCCUGGGGGUUCUGUGUCGACGCAUGACCCAGAACCGUCUGUCCGAACCCUUCAACAUUGGCCCCUACCACGUCCGCCUACUCUCAAACACACACAAACGCAAGGCUGAGAGCACCAUCAUCAUAUUCAAGGUCUGCAUCAGUAAGGCUGAAGACGGUGAUACCGAUGAUAGUGAUGAAUCCGAUAGUGAAGUCACAGACAACAGUAGUGAUGAAGAUGAGGAGGAAGAGGGCAUCCCUAAGCCUGAGGAUCCGGAGAUGCAGGUCGGAGUGACUCCCUUCCUGACAGGAGUGUUGCCAGCAGGCAGACUGAGAGCCAGGAAGAAACAACCAGCCUGCCCUGCUGUAGGACUCAUCCAGGUGAACGGUAAAUCCUACUCCCAGGCCAGACUGCUGCUGGGGCAGAUGGGAGCUCUGCACCCGGCCAAUCGGCUAGCUGCGUUCGUCACCGGCAGGUUGCGCUCUGUAGCCAAAGCCCCUCAGAAGGCCCCUCAAAAGCCUCUAAACUGCAUCCCCAGGGCGAAGAAAACACCUGUGGGUGCUGGGCACUUGAAGCCCGCAGCCACUGCUGUUACUCCUCAAGGCAGUAGUAGCGUUACAGCUAUGGCUAAGAAAGUAGCUUUGGCCCAGAAAGUAUUCCAGACCCCAGCAGGGAAGAACAGGCUUCCUCCGUACAGACCACCAUGGUCCCUAAGUGUCACCAAAUCUAAAGGCAAAACCUCCACCAGUCAAACCACCACAGACUCUAAAGAUCCAGUCGGCUCUCCCCUGGUACCCAUGGCCCCUCCUCCUGCCCCAGGCUCGCCCCCUGGUGUAUCGCCCCCUGGUGUAUCGCCCCCUGGUGUAUCGCCCCCUGGUGUAUCGCCCCCUGGUGUAUCGCCCCCUGCUGUAUCGCCCCCUGCUGGAAAGAUGCUACUACAGACAGUCUCUUCCUCCCAGGGCUGUAAAAUGUAUCGUCAGCCCAACGGACAGUUGAUCAAGCUGGUACCUUUGAAUCGUAUGCGUCACAUAAAGGCCAAGAAUCAAGACAAGCCCACUCGUUUUGCUACCAAGCCGUCCACUCCCAAGACAUUCCCACCUCCCCCCCCUCUCACCUCCAUCCACCCCCCUCGCAGCCCCCCUCCCCACGCUCCCCUCAUCAAAUUCAUCAUGGGCCAGUUGGGUGCCAUCACCCCAUCCCAGACCUCUUCCUCUUCCUCCCCCUUGUCUCUCACUGUCUCCUCCUCCCUGAAGACCCCCAGCUUCCUGGGCCAGACUGGGACCUACUCCUUCAGGAUCUGUCCUCCGACUGCAGGGGACCAGGGCUCUAGGGGUCCAGGCCAGGGCACCGUGGGAGGUCCAGCUGGAGUGUCCCUGCCUGGGGGCUUCACCCUCAUCCAGCUCCCUAAGCCUGGAGGUACUGGAGGAGGUGCUCCCCGGCUACCUGAACUAAUCAGAACCACAGCCGUGGGUUCUGCUGGACCUGGAGAGGUAAAGGCACAGAAGAACCCAAGAGGAACCUCUUCUUCGUCUCCCUUGCAUCUGGCAUUGACACCAGUUAAAACCGACGACCACUCCUACACCCCAGGGUUAAAUACCAAUACAUCUGAUUCCAGAUCAGCUCUAGCCCAGAAAAAGCAGAGUUUGAUUCAGUCAAAGGACCUUAAAUCUGAUUGUAGAUCAGCCAAAGCCAACACCUCUUGUCCCGUGGAGCCCAAUGAGCUGACCUGUGAUGAGCAGAUGCUGUCGGACGAGAGUGAUGCAGAGAGAGGGGAGGUGGGGGAGGGCUCGGGACUAUGGAGCCCAGAAUCGUGGAAGAAAGACACUGAGCUCAGUCGGUUUACCACUCUAAGAAUGCAUGAGAACGGACAUCCUGAUUUUAAGGUCGAGGACUCUGAUUCGGACAACUCGGAAGACUCCUCGCAUGACUCGGAUUCCGACAGUGAUGAAUAUGCCAAUGAGGACGAGGAGGAAGCAGUGGACAUCGAGACGGUGGAGGAGAAGAGACAGGGAAUCACCAUCGCUCAGAUGAGGGCCGCUGCCAAACACACACAAAAAACCAAUCAGGAUGGGGAAACGGCACUAAAACCAAAAGAAAAGCAUCAGACGGAUAUGAGAGAGGAGGAGGGGUCUGGGUCUGGUGAGGGAGGGGGUCGUAAGAACCGCACCCUGACCGAGAGGCUGCGUCGCGGCGAGCACCAGAAGCUCUUCACCAGACUCAAACAGGUGCUGUUCAUGGAAGAACUGGACCCCAAGGUCUCCAAGCUACACCUCCUCUCACAGGCUCUGAAGGAGAUUCGUACCCUGUCGGUGGACUCGGAGUCUCUGGAGGAGAAGAAGAGGAUGCUGACUGAGAUCCAGACUGUCUAUGUCAAGGAGAUCGCAUACAUGUCUGGAAAGCCAGAGGAGCUGAUCAAGGCCAAGCUGAAGGAGAUCUGGGAGAAGAAACGGACUCUAGCUGCCCAGAGGAGAGCAGCUGUCCCCCCUACCUCUAGCCCCACCUCGUCCUCUACUUCCACCCCUAGUCCCAACACCACGACAGUGUCCCAGGUGUCUCAAGCUAGCUCUCUGGGUCAGGCAGGAGCAGCUAGUGGCUCUGUGAAACCAGUGGCUGCUGUUUUACGCACCAAGAGCGGCAAGAUCAUACUUCCUGCUUCCAUGCUUCCCCCUUCCAUGCUUCGUGCUUCCAAACCAGCAGGAAGAUCGGUCUACACAGUGAAAGUUAUGAAGAGACCAACAGUCACCUCCCUCUCAACCCCCACCUCCUCAGCAGCCAAGGAGGUUGUGGAGAAGGAGAGAGCUGCCUCUGGCCCUGAGAAGGACCAGGGGACAGUGUCUGGGGAGGCUGAGCAGCCCUCCGACAGCCCAGCAGCAGAGAGGCCAGAACUAGGUAAGGAGGAACCACAGGCCCCUGUCUGUAAUGGAUCCAUGGAAGAAGAGACUUCCACAGAGAAGGAUAACGGCUCAACUCCAAAAAAGAAGUCACUCAUCAAUAAAAACUCAAUCAAGAGGCUUUCUGGUAUGAAGUGUCCCCUUGUGGAGAUGGCUCCCCUAAACAGUGCCAUCUGGAGGCCGUUGGAGGAACCGCAGAUGGGGGGUGAGAGUGAUGCUGGAGGCUGGGGCCUGUCUCUGACCAAGGGAGAGGCAGCCAUACUGGUGAAGGCGCUCUCUGAACACAAGGGCAUAGUAGUGGGGCGGAAGGGCAAGGAUAGCCCGGUCCAACACAAUGGAAAGAAGAGCUCUGUGACACUGAAGGGCAAGGAUAGCUCAGAACUACAAAAAGAACAGGAUAGCACGGUGUCACAGAAAGAAGCUGAUAGCCUGGUCCCACAAAAAGGAGAGGAUAGCUCGGUCACACCAAAGGAAAAUGAUAGCUCGAUCAUUCAGAAGGCAGAGGUUGGCUUGGUGACAUCAAAGGAAAAGGAUGGUUUGUUGACACAAAAGGGAGAGGGAGGCUCGACAGACAGCUCAGAUGCUCAACUACUGAAGAGAAAACGGGGAAGGCCUCGCUUGGACAUAAAAACAUCACAAACUGAAGAUAUCACUACUAACCCUGCUCCGCGGGGUCGGCCCCGUAAAGCAUCACGGAUUGGGGUGAAUAGCCCUGUGGUAACGACCGGUGACAACGACCAGGCCAACGUGACACAAACUGCAGGUAGUGCUAGUAUCCCUACCUUAGUCACAAGAAUACCCCCAGGUCGAGACACUAACACUGGGGGUGGUGAAAUCCAGCUAACACCAAGGGAACGUAGCCUAAGCCCUACGAGGCGGGGUAGACGGCCUAAAGUAUCUCAGGUUGGGGGUACUACUAGCCCUGUGGUGACAACUGGGCCUGGGGGUAGUACCCCUACCCCAGUGACUCAAGCAGGGGGUAGGCCUGUGAAGAGUGCUGCCGGUAGCCCUACAACUUGGGGUAGGCCACCCAAGGUGCGGAGAGCUGGAGAGGGUUCUAGUCCGGCCAAGAUGACAAGGGAUGCGGUUACUAGCCCUGUAACUCGGGCUGGGUUAAACCCGGCGAGGUGGACUCGUGCUGGGGGGGGUGUCCCUGUGGUGAAGACGGAGGGCAGCCCAACCAAACCACCACGAGGAGGGGCUGGGGUUACUAGCCCUGUAGCAACGACUAAAGGAAGCCCAGGUAAAACGCCACAGGCUGUGGGUCGGCCUGGAACACGACAUGUGACCCGCGCUGUAUCGGUGAAGGGCCUUGUCAGUGGGAAGAGGACAACAAGGUCUGAUAAGGCCUAGUGAAACUGAGACUAAGGCUGCAUUUCCACACUGUUUCCAUUGGUGCAUCUCGAUACUGUAGUAGUCUAAAAUGGCUUCCACAACUUGUUUUCUCUCCUCCCACUCCGAUGCCACUGCAUUUCAGCCUAGCUCUAACCAGAGGAGCAAGAGAAUCAUACUCCUAACAGACCUGCCAUUAACUGUCAUUUAAAGCUAGAAUCCUUAGUUGCUGCAUCCAUUGAUUCUUGAAGAAUAUAACUUAUAAUUAAAUGCCUCAUGAGCUUAGUUCAACUGUCAUACCUCAUCAGAACCCCAAAUAUAAGCUUGUUUUACUCCAGUGUUUGUAAAAAGUAAAUGUAAACCAACGCUGUAUAGCCUCAACGUGGUAAACAUGUUUUAUAUCUUGGAUGGUUAGUCAUUGCAUCCAUAGCUUUUUCUAUGAAUUUGAGUGGUUACAUUUCUCCAGGCCCGUCCCUCAGCUGCUUUUUAUUUUUUUUACAAAACAGAGGCGGGGAAUCGCUUUGUUAUUGUUUCAAUUAAGGAUUCAAGCUUUAAUUUGUGGAAAGAGGUCCUGAAAUCCCAUUGAGACCACCGCAUGUGCCUGUUCACAAAUCCAAAGGACCCUGGACAUUUAUGCCUGUGUGAGUUAACCCUCUCUUAGCUUUAGCACUCAUCUGCCUUCUCUGGAACACAACAAAGUAGACAAUAACUUACACCUAAAGGACAGUCCAUUUUCCCAACAUCCUAAGUCUUUGAGCAAAACAUUAAAUUAAUGUACUGUAUGAAUGUACUGCAGGUUUGACUGCUGUUUGAGCCGUUGUACAGGUACAUAGGACGUUAGCCCCAUAUUGGGGUGAAUGUGACACGUCAUGCAUUUUUGAUGAAGUCUUGUUAUUAUGUUCUAGAAAGUUGAUUUAUUGUUAUUUAAUCAUCAAACCACUAAUUUUUGAAGAUUACGGUAUAGGGAAGGUCUGUAUUUUUUUUCUCUUCAGUAUCACGGUUUGUUCAUGACUUCACUCCCUGUGUCUUUAUUAAUGUAGGGGUGUGUGUUUUCUUCGAUUUAACUUACAAAAUAAUGGACAUGCAUGAACAUGACAACAAAACAGAUCAAUUACUUUCUGGCCCAAUUGGCCAUGAUCAAUAGGCCCUGAAAAUCAUUCAUUUGAGAUGUACAACAUUCAUGUUUGUUCAUGUCAAAAACACUGUAAAUGUUCUUUCUAUGCCACUGUAAAGACUUUUUGUAUUAUAGCUGUGGUUGGUGCGUCCAGUCUUUCAAUUACACUCUUGGUUCCCAGGCCUAUGAAUUAAAAAAAAUCUGAAUUAGCACUUUAAAUCUUCUAUAACUUCUACACUGUCACAACCAUGUUGAAUGUUUUGGUUUACCUUAUGGAUUGCUUCCCCAUCUGUUUUCCAAUGGUACUCAUUUUUCAAUGAUUCUUAUGUCUGAUUUUUGAGGAACUUAUGCAUAACGUAAAAAAAACACCAAAAAAACAGUAUUUGUAGUCAAUACAUUUGUAUUUCAACCUUGUGUGUGUGCCUCAUCAUGACUUAAUCUAAGCUAUAUUGUAAUCUAUGAAAAUAACCUUUGUAAAUAUGUGUUUUAUUUUUUAUAUAAGUCUGUCUUGUUGUAUAAUGUUCCUCUUUCCUUUUUUUGUAAAGAAAUGACCGUUUUACUUAAGUCACUCAGAUGUGCUGGCAAGAUACUGUGGCCUUUAAAGGAAUAAACCUGUACAUGCA